AUGAGUGACUCAUUGUUGCUGAUUUUUUUUUUCCAUUGUUAUUAUACAUUUCUUUACAACGUAACCCUCUCUCAGUUUCUUUCUUUUCUUUUCUUUCUUUCUUUCUUUCUUUCUUUCUUUCUUUCUUUUCUUUCUUUCUUUCUUUCUUUCUUUCUUUUUUUUUUUCUUUCUUUCUUUUUACCCAUCCCUAUUUCUUUCUUUCUUUCUUUCUUUUCUUUCUUUCUUUUUUUUUCUUUCUUUCUUUCUUUUUUUUUGCCCAUCUUUCUUUCUUUUUUCUUUCUUUUCUUUCUUUCUUUCUUUUACCCAUCCCUAUUUCUUUCUUUCUUUCUUUCUUUCUUUCUUUCUUUCUUUCUUUCUUUCUUUCUUUCUUUCUUUCUUUUACCCAUCCCUAUUUCUUUCUUUCUUUCUUUUACCCAUCCCUAUUUCUUUCUUUCUUUCUUUCUUUCUUUCUUUCUUUCUUUCUUUCUUUCUUCAUCAAUCCCUAGGAUUUUGUUCAGUCGUAUCAAACUGUUAUUUCUCCAUGCCACUCUAUCUAUCUAUCUAUCUAUCUAUCUAUCUAUCUAUCUAUCUAUCUAUCUAUCUAUCUAUCUAUCUCUUCAUGGUCAUUAUCUAUAUAUAUAUCUAUCUACUUUAUUUUUUGCAGUGUCAUUUGGUAAUAUUAGUAAUACUGAUGUAUCCAACUCUUCUUUUACAUAUUCUCUGUGA